CAGAAGCAAAGCAAAAGUGAUGCAGGGAAGAAGAACAAAUGUGCAGGCAGAAAAAAGUGCCCUUGUCCAAGGUGUGGCAAAGUAUUCUUUAAGUCAUCUGCAUUGCGUUUGCACAUAAAGGACCAUGAAAAUGACAGACCCUCAUCCCAAGAAAAUCUUGACUUGGCAGUACAGACUGAGCCUCCCAAAGAAGAAGCAAUAGAGCGUAAAAGAACAGCAAUGCAGAAUUCGAAAAGGCCACAGAAAACUUUUUCCUGCCCUGUUUGCAAUAAAGUAUUUACUCGUGAAGGAUGGUUGGAGCCGCACAUUCGAAGUCAGCACGGGGCAGUAAACAUCAAGAAGCGUAAAUAUAACAAAGUGCUUGUCAAGGGAAAGAAGCGAAGGUCAAUGCGGAUUUCAAAGCAAUCGCGUCAGGUAGCAAUUGAAGAAUCAAAAAAGGUCACGAGUGAGACACAGCGAGACACCGAGGAGGUGAAACGGGAAACGAUGGAAUCACAAAAGGUCUUAACCAAGGCACAGGCAAUCACUGAAGAGACAAAAGGUGAAACAGAAGCAUCAAAGGUCAACGCUAAACCAUGUCAGUCAAGAAAAAACUCCAGCCCAGUUGUGGUAAUGUCCAAACUCAAUGCAGAUCUUAUUAAAAAAGUUACAGAUGACGCAAACGGUCCUCAUAAAGACACACCAGGAUCUGACGGAGGAACGUCAGAUAUUCAAAAUCAGACAAGCUUUACAUGCCUAUAUUGUGGCGAGUCAUUUUUUCAGAAACGGAAGUUCAAGCAUCACAGAAUGAAACACAUCGCAGCUAACUUGCAGGUUUUAAGAAAAAGGAAAAGGGAAGCAAGAAGAUUGGAAGAAGAGCAAGAAGAAAAGAGAUUGAAGGAGGAGAAAGACAAAGUGAGGCUUAACAAGACGUCGACAAGCAAUCACAAAACUAAUACUACGACACCUCAAGGAUCCCCAAACAAAGAUUCAUUACCAAAAAGCAGAAACAAAAGUCAAGAGCAGCUUCCCUGCCCAUUUUGUGGCAAAAUCUUUGCUUAUGAAAUGCGGCUGUUGGUGCAUAUGCAGAUUCACUCUGGUGAAAAACCAUACCCGUAUCGGCAGCGCAAGAAACGUUUUUAUGGUGACGUGAAAAAGGGCAAACUCCAGAAAAGCUAUAAUGAGGAGCCUCUGGGGAAGAACUGGGACGAGUCUGGACAGUCCGUCGGUGAAGAAAAGGGGAAGGGGGACCCUUCUACAAAUCUGAGCAGCCAUGAAGCUUAUGGAGACACUGCACUGGAAGACAAUCCUGGCAGCCUUCUACCUCAGUCACCUAUUGAGCAGCCUGCCAUCUGCAACAACAGUGAUGAACAAAACAAAUCUGAGCUUGCCAAGGAUCUCAUGGGCCACUUCACUUUGCAACCCAGGAUUGUUCUGCGACCAAUUACAACGGGUUCCAAAUAUUCCACCUUGAAUCCUGGUGAUGUAAAAUCAGGGCACAUUGAUCAUGAAGAAACCUCAUGCUCAGUAUUGGUAGAUGAUACACUAGAAAUUGGUAGUACGGAUGGAGAUAGUGAUGUAAUGGAGGUGGAAGAUACACCAGAGGGCGGCAAUCUUUGCACGAUACCAGUGGAAAGCACAAGUGAUGGCAAUCCUGAAAUACGUUGCAGUGUUAGUCCUGGGAACGUAGAGGUCUCUGUGCUGGCUAGUUCUCAAUCGAAAGUAAAGCUUGACAACUCUGGGGGCUCAGCGGCCAUUCAAGAGUCUGAGGCAAAAAACUCAGUUGGUCGACAAGAAGAGGACCGAAACCGUAAUUUUCCUUGUGUAAUUGCUGGUGAAAAUGGCCAAUCAGAAUGUGGUAAAAAGAAUUGUGAUUGGACGUGUGAUUGUGAUAGCAUUGAGUCAAUGAAAUUAACUGUAAUGCCAGAGGCCAGUAAUUUAGAUUCUUUGUUCAAGGAAACUAGUUCCGGAGCCAUGCAGGAUGCUGACUCUGAAUUAAGUUGUGUUGUCAUCUCGGAUGGUGAAGAUACCGAUGAAAUGCCUAGCAUUUAAAAUGAACAGUUAGAGAUGGCCAGCGAACUGCACAAAAAUCCUUCCAGCGACUUUCCAUCUAAAUCGAGAAUAUCAAUUCCACAUGUGUUCACACCAAGUCUAUCGGCAGUCCCUCAAAACAGUCUGAUGUUGAGCUCUUAUCUCGUCAAAAGAAGGGUCAGAGCAUCUCCCCAGUGACCAGUUGGCAUCUACUGUGAUAAGGCAAAUGAAGUAUGACCCCCAUGAGGAUAUAGUGGGUCAAAUAUCAGAUGUGGUACUUGCUGGUCAAGCAUGGUAGUCUGAAGUUAAAGCUGUGGUCAAUGCGGAUGAGGGAGAAAAUAAACUAGGUGUGGACAAUCGGGUAUGCAAUAGUAGUAGCGUGUAACGUACAACAUGGACUCAAAGGCAGAUCUUAAUCCGUCUGUGAAAACUGGAGAAACUUAAUUUGUAUUUAAUUUGACAGUUUUUUUUCCUGCGUUUUGUCAAUGUUUUAGGCAGUUUAACAAUGAGUUGUUUUGUACAAACUGUGAAUUUCAGCGAGUUAUUUGUAAAUAGUUCUAAAGGAUUUGGAGUGCUACUUUUUUCACAACCUGUCAAUCCUCUGGUAGUGACGACUGCUGUAAGCAGCGGAAGACAAAAAAAACGAGUGCAUUGUAUUGUUAGUUUUACUUCACCUUAUGCACGAUCACUCAAAAUGAGCUGAAGUUGUAAAAAUUUAAGUUUUGAGAAGACUAUACAGAAAGUAAAGAGUUAUUAACAGUUUUGCCAUUAAAGAGAAAUUUAAGCAA